AGUUACGGGGGUGGCCCGGCGGGCGGGCGGGCGCUCGCAGGCUACCUCGUCGCUCGCUCGCUCGCGCGCGCUCCCUCUCGCCGCCUGUGGGGAAGUCGGGGCUGCCCGAGCGGCCACCGCCACCGCCUCGCCCCGACCUUCUCCCUGGCCCCCGUCUGGCUCAGUCCCUCCCUCCCGCGCACCUCCGAGUAAUCAGUGCCCCCGCGUAGGGUCCGGAGAGUCGACGCGACAGCGCCGGUGGUGUUUAAACCAUGUUAAGGAGGAUUUUGCAGCGGACUCCUGGGAGAGUUGGCUCUCAAGGUUCUGAUUUGGAUUCAUCAGCAACUCCUAUUAACACAGUGGAUGUCAAUAAUGAAAGCUCUUCAGAGGGUUUCAUCUGUCCAUUAUGUAUGAAAAGAUGUAUAACUCCUAUUGAUUUGUCGGAGCAUUACCAGAAAGUGCACGCUGAAAAUGAAACAAGAGGACAGGAACUUCUUAAUAACGCCAGUGUUACUGGUUUCAUAUGUCCCCAGUGUAUGAAGUCUCUUGGAUCUGCUGAUGAGCUUUUCAAACACUAUGAGGCGGUUCAUGAUGCUGGUAAUGAUUCAAGUCAUGGAGGAGAGGCUCUGAAGCGAGAUGAUAUAACCCUACUUAGACAAGAGGUCCAAGACCUGCAGGCUUCACUUAAGGAAGAAAAAUGGUACUCAGAAGAAUUAAAGAAAGAAUUAGAAAAAUUUCAAGGGCUGCAGCAUCAAGAAUCUAAACCUGAUGGAUUGGUGGUUGAUUCAUCAGCAGAACUACAGUCUUUAGAACAACAGUUAGAAGAAGCCCAAACAGAAAAUUUUAAUAUUAAGCAAAUGAAAGACUUAUUUGAACAGAAAGCAGCCCAACUUGCCACUGAAAUUGCAGAUAUAAAGUCAAAAUAUGAUGAAGAAAGGAGUCUUCGAGAAGCUGUUGAACAAAAAGUGACACAUCUGACAGAGGAAUUAAACAAUGAAGCAACUACAAUUCAAGAUCUGACGACUGAACUGCUGCAGAGACCUGGUAUAGAAGAUGUUGCUGUGUUAAAGAAAGAACUAGUCCAAGUUCAGACACUAAUGGAUAACAUGACCUUGGAACGUGAGAGAGAAUCUGAAAAACUAAAAGAUGAGUGCAAAAAGUUGCAAGCAGAUUAUGCUAACUCAGAGGCCACGAUAAGCCAGCUAAGGAGUGAACUUGCCAAAGGCCCCCAGGAAGUUGCUGUGUAUGUGCAGGAACUACAAAAUCUUCAAAGUUCAGUUAAUGAAUUAACACAGAAAAAUCAGAACUUGACUGAAAAGUUGCUGAAGAAAGAACUCGACUACACUCAGUUAGAAGAUAAACAUAAUGAAGAAUGUUUGAGUAAAAAGAAUAUACAAGCAAGCCUUCAUCAAAAAGACCUAGAUUAUCAACAGCUUCAGUCAAGAUUAUCUACAUCUGAAACCUCACUGCAGAGAAUACAGGCAGAAUUAUGUGAAAAGGGAGAAGCUACUCAAAAGCUCAAAGAAGAAUUAUCAGAAGUAGAGACCAAGUACCAGCAUCUCAAGGCAGAGUUUAAACAGCUACAGCAGCAGAGGGAAGAAAAGGAGCAGCAUGGACUACAACUCCAAAGUGAAGUUCAUCAAUUACAUGGCAAACUUCUGGAGACAGAGCGCCAACUAGGGGAAGCGCAUGGCAGGCUGAAGGAACAGAGACAGCUUUCAAGUGAAAAGUUGAUGGAUAAAGAACAACAAGUGGCUGACCUACAACUCAAACUUUCUCGUUUAGAAGAACAAUUGAAGGAAAAAGUAACAAAUUUCACAGAAUUGCAGCAUCAAUUAGAUAAAACAAAGCAACAGCAUCAAGAACAACAAGCUCUUCAGCAAAGCACUACAGCAAAACUUCGAGAAGCUCAGAAUGACUUAGAACAAGUACUGCGUCAAAUUGGUGAUAAGGACCAAAAGAUCCAGAACCUUGAAGCCUUAUUACAGAAGAGUAAAGAAAAUAUUUCCUUACUAGAAAAGGAAAGAGAAGAUCUUUAUGCAAAAAUUCAGGCUGGUGAAGGGGAGACUGCUGUUCUUAACCAGUUACAAGAAAAAAACCAUACCUUACAGGAGCAAGUAACUCAGCUAACAGAGAAGCUAAAGAAUCAGUCCGAAAGCCAUAAACAAGCCCAGGAGAAUUUGCAUGAUCAGGUGCAAGAGCAGAAGGCACAUCUUAGAGCUGCACAAGAUCGGGUCCUUUCCCUGGAAACCAGUGUCAGUGAAUUAAAUAGUCAGUUAAAUGAAAGCAAGGAGAAGAUCUCUCAGCUUGACAUACAGAUUAAAGCCAAAACUGAAUUACUGCUAUCAGCAGAAGCAGCAAAAACUGCUCAAAGAGCAGAUCUUCAAAAUCAUUUGGACACAGCCCAAAAUGCAUUACAAGAUAAACAGCAGGAGUUAAAUAAGAUCACUACUCAGUUGGAUCAGGCUCUUACAAACUUGCAGGAUAAGCAAGAGCAUUGCAGUCAGCUGGAAAGUCAUCUCAAAGAAUAUAAAGAGAAACACCUCUCUUUAGAACAGAAAACUGAAGAAUUGGAAGGUCAAAUUAAGAAACUAGAAGCUGAUACUCUUGAAGUUAAAGCAAGCAAGGAGCAAGCUUUGCAGGAUCUACAACAGCAAACACAGCUGAACACAGAUUUAGAGCUUCGAGCCACAGAACUCAGUAAACAACUUGAAAUGGAGAAAGAAAUAGUAUCCAGUACAAAGUUGGACCUACAGGAAAAAUCUGAAGCCCUUGAAAAUAUUAAGCAAAUGCUUACCAAGCAAGAGGAAGAAAAAAUAAUUCUUAAAAAAGAAAUUGAAAAUUUAAGUAAAGAUGCAAAGAUGCAGCACAAGGAAUUGAAUAACAAAAUUCAAACAGCAGUAACAGAACUACAAAAAGUGAAGACGGAAAAAGAAACUCUAAUGGCAGAGCUUUCUGCAGCAAAAGAGAAAUUAUCAAAAGUUUCUGAUUCUUUGAAGAACUCCAGAAGUGAAUUUGAAAAGGAAAAUCAGAAAGGAAAGGCUGCUAUAUUAGAUUUGGAAAAAACUUGCGAAGAAUUGAAGCAUCAAUUUCAAGUACAGAUGGAAAGCACACUUAAGGAACAAAAUGAACUGAAAAAGUCACUUGAAAAAGAGAAGGAGGCUUCUCAUCAGUUGAAGUUGGAACUCAAUUCAAUGCAGGGACAAGUCACACAGGCCCAGAAUACUUUAAAACAAAAGGAAAAAGAAGAACAGCAACUUCAGGGGAACAUAAAUGAGCUAAAGCAAUUGACUGAACAGAAGAAAAAGCAAAUUGAAGUACUCCAGGGAGAAAUUAAAACUGCUAUCUCAUUGAAGACAGAGCUUGAGAAUAAGCUACAGCAACAGUCAGCGCAAGCAGCACAGGAACUUGCAGCAGAGAAGAAGCAAAUGUCAGUGUUACAAAACACCUAUGAGAAAAGUCAGGAAAGCCUAAAACAGCUCCAGUCUGAUUUCUAUGGGAAGGAAUCUGAACUUCUUGCCAUAAGACAAGAUCUUAAGUCUGUAGAAGAGAAGUUUUCUCUAGCACAGGAGGACUUGAUUACAAACAGAAAUCAAAUUGGAAACCAAAAUAAAUUGAUUCAAGAACUGAAGACUGCCAAGGCUACUUUGGAGCAGGAUGCAGCAAAGAAAGAACAGCAGUUGAAGGAGCAGUUUAAAGCCCUACAAGAUGUUCAAAAAGAAAAGUCACUGAAAGAAAAAGAACUAGUAAAUGAAAAAUCUAAAUUGGCAGAUGUAGAGGAAAUUACGUGUAGACAAGAAAAGGAAAUUGCUAAACUGUAUGAAGAACUCAAGUCCCACAAGCAAGAAAGCACAAAGGAAGUAACAAAUCUCAAGGAUGCCAAACAGCUUUUGAUCCAGCAGAAACUAGAGCUUCAAGGGAAAGUAGAUUCGCUGAAGGCAGCCCUUGAGCAGGAGAAGAGAAAUCAGCAGACGCUAAAAGAGCAGGUGAAGAAGGAAGAAGAUGAGCUCAAGAAAGAAUUUAUUGAGAAGGAAGCUAAAUUGCAUUCUGAAAUAAAAGAAAAAGAAGUAGGAAUGAAGAAGCAUGAAGAAAAUGAAGCUAAACUUACCAUGCAGAUUACAGCAUUAAAUGAAAACUUAGGCACUGUGAAGAAGGAGUGGCAGUCUAGUCAGCGGAGAGUUAGUGAGCUCGAGAAGCAGACGGAUGACUUACGCGGUGAAAUCGCAGUAUUAGAAGCAACGGUUCAGAACAAUCAGGAUGAAAGGAGGGCACUUCUAGAAAGAUGUCUUAAAGGAGAAGGUGAAAUAGAAAAGCUUCAAACCAAAGUACUAGAAUUGCAAAGAAAGCUGGAUAAUACAACUGCAGCAGUGCAGGAGCUGGGCAGAGAAAAUCAGUCCCUUCAAAUCAAACAUACGCAAGCGUUGAAUAGAAAGUGGGCUGAAGACAAUGAAGUACAAAACUGUAUGGCCUGUGGGAAAGGCUUUUCAGUAACAGUGAGACGGCAUCACUGUAGACAAUGUGGAAAUAUCUUCUGUGCUGAGUGUUCAGCCAAAAAUGCCUUAACUCCUUCUUCCAAGAAGCCUGUUCGUGUCUGUGAUGCAUGUUUCAAUGACUUGCAAGGAUAAUGUUAUCACAACUUCAGAGUAGUAUUACACUAACAUUCGAUUUUUAAUAAAUGUACUUAAUAAAGGUCUUGGACUACUAUUUGAUUUGGAAGUGGUUGCAAUACUAGACCAACUUAGAAUUCAUCUAUUUUGGAAUGUUAUCAAUAUCAAGUAAAACUCUUUUAUUUUUGUGAGACUUGGGCUCAUCUUUCAUUACUUUUUUUCCAUUUUACCCCUGGAACAGCUUUCAUGCCAAGUCUAGAAUUAGCCAAUGAAAUGUAAAUAAACUUUGGACAGAAAAUAGCAAUGUAUUUUUUUAAAUUUAAUUUCGUUGUUAACAAAUUACAUGAGUAUAUGUCCAUAACUUAUUUCUUUCUCCCAAAUUUAGUGUACAGAAAUGUACAUGAAUGAUGUUAUCACCUCAUAUAUGUUGCACAAUAACACAUUAAAUAUAUUAAAUAUUCUAUUUGUGAAGUUAUGCACAGAACUAUAAAACUUUCUGACUCUUUUUUUCUUAUAUACAGGUCAAUACUUUCGUUCCAUUGUUAUGUUAUAAAUUUACUACUCACGUGUUCUAAAUACAAUUUAUAUUGAAAUAUAUAUUAACCAAGAUCUCAAACAUGGUUUUUGGUUUAACAAUACUGAUUAAAUUCUCUUGGAUGGAUUUUAUAAAAACCUCUGUAAAACCAAUUUGCUUCUUUUAUGGUUAUCCUGGGGUUAUAUUUUAAAGAUCAGGGUUAAUUUUCCUUUUUCUUUUUUUACAUCAUUUUUAAACUCCCACAUAUUCUCCAUUAAGAAUCCUAUAAAGCCUCCCACACUCACCUCCAGUUGGAAGAUGAGUAAUACCGUGUUUCCCCGAAAAUAAGACCUAGCUGGACCAUCAGCUUUAAUGCAUCUUUUGGAGCAAAAAUUAAUAUAAGACCCAAUCUUAUUU